ACUUCCGCUCGGGGCGGCGGCGGUGGCGGAAGUGGGAGCGGGGCUGGAGUCUUGGCCAUAAAGCCGGAGGCGGCGGCGGCGGCGGUGUUGGAAGCUUGAAAAGCGCGGAAGCCGCUGGAACCAGAACUUGGACUUCUUCUCUGCCCCCGUCUUUCUUUGCUUCUCCUCCUCCGCGGGAGCUCUCGCGACGCGCCCGGCCUUGAGCCCCCAGCGGAGCGGCCGCGUUUGAAGGAUGACCUCUAGGAAGAAAGUGUUGCUGAAAGUUAUCAUCCUGGGAGACUCUGGAGUCGGUAAGACAUCACUCAUGAACCAGUAUGUGAACAAGAAAUUCAGCAAUCAGUACAAAGCCACUAUAGGAGCAGACUUUCUGACAAAGGAGGUGAUGGUGGAUGACAGACUAGUUACAAUGCAGAUCUGGGACACAGCAGGACAGGAACGGUUCCAGUCUCUUGGUGUGGCCUUCUACAGAGGCGCAGACUGCUGCGUUCUGGUAUUUGAUGUGACAGCUCCCAACACAUUCAAAACCCUUGAUAGCUGGAGAGACGAGUUUCUCAUCCAAGCCAGCCCCCGAGAUCCUGAAAACUUUCCCUUUGUUGUGUUGGGAAACAAGAUUGACCUCGAAAACAGACAAGUGGCCACAAAGCGAGCACAGGCCUGGUGUUACAGCAAAAAUAAUAUUCCCUACUUCGAGACCAGUGCCAAGGAAGCAAUCAACGUUGAGCAGGCAUUCCAGACGAUUGCACGGAAUGCACUUAAACAGGAAACGGAGGUGGAGCUGUACAAUGAAUUCCCAGAACCCAUUAAACUGGACAAGAACGACCGGGCCAAGGCCUCGGCAGAAAGCUGCAGUUGCUGAAGGGGCAGUGAGAGUAGAGCACAGAGUCCUUCACAAACCAAGAACACACUUAGGCCUUCAAACACAAGCCCCCCCUUGCCUCUUCCAAACAAAACAUAAAUUGAUCUCUCAUAUCCAGCUGCCAAAAGAACCCCCACCAAACACACUCACUCUCAUAUACAGCACACACACAGAUCUGACAUGAGCAGACUAACUCAAGCCCAUGCCUGUGACACAGCUCCAUGGGGUCUGCCCACCCAUCCCAUGAGCCCUCGUCUGUGGCACCUGGACAAGCCAGCUGUAGACGUUGUUCUGGCGUGGAGUCAUUGGAAGCUUAUUCUUUUUUGUCCACUGGAGAGAGAGAGAGAGAGAGAGAGAGAGAGAGAACUGUUUACAGUUAAAUCUGUGUCUAAUUAGUUACCUAAUUUUUUUAAUGGUCUUGUGAUCUUUUUACCCCACCUCACCCUCCCUCCUUGUGAAGGCUACACCUUGGGAAGGCUGGUGCCCACGUUUCAUUACAGGCUCACACCCAGUCUGAUUAGGCUGAGUUUUGUACGUAUCUGUUAAUGCUUGUUACUUUUAACUAAUCAGAUCUUUUUACAGUAUCCAUUUAUUAUGUAAUGCUUCUUAGAAAAGAAUCUUAUAGUACAUGUUAAUAUAUGCAACCAAUUAAAAAUGUAUAAAUUAGUGUAA